GUGGUGCUGGGGGCAAAGAAUGUAACGAUCAAAGGAAUUGCCAGAGCAGGGGAAGGGGCGCUUUAGGGUGGUCUCGGGGCUACAGCAGGAUCUGUACACUGCUCAAGCCACAGGGAGUUUUACCCGCAGCCCUGCUGCCCUUUGGACUCUACACUUCUGUUCAGAAGGCAAGGUUAAAAUGGUUUUGAAUCCAAAAAGAGCAUUUCAGAUGCAAAGGAAAAGGGGAUUUUUGUCGAACUGAAAAUUUGUGUUGGAGGAUAUUGUGGGAUUAAAGGAAGAAGGUUUGGCCGCAGGAAGGUGCAGUGCAUAAAUGCUCAAAAGAAGGAGGAAGAGUUCAAAUAAGAAAGAUAAAUCCUUCCCCCUCCCAACCCAUCCCCCGUCCCUUGAUCUUGGCCUUUAGCAAGAUCUUCCAAGGGAGAGGAGAUGACUGACACAAUGAGCCUCAAAGAGACUUCAAACAGGCACCUGCGGCUAAAGCUGAACAGCCUGGGUCGCCGUGUGGAUGAGCUAGAGGAGGCCACGAGAAACCUACACCGGACAGAGGAUGAGUUGAUGGACCUGCAAGACAAAGUGAUCCAAGCUGAAGGCAGCAGCUGCAGCCUCCUGACCGAGGUGGACAACCUGCGCAAGAGGGUACUGACUAUCGAGGGGAAAGACGAGGAGGUCCGCAAGGCUGAAGACAUGUGCAGGACCCUGAAGGAGAAGCUGGAGGCAGAGGUCAAGCUGAGCCAAGAGCUCAAGGCUGAGAUCGAGAAGCUGCAGGACAGGAUGGGGGAGCUAGAGAAAUUGGAAGAGGCCUUCAAUAAGAGCAAAUCGGACUGCACUCAACUGUGCCUGAGCUUGAAUGAAGAGAAGAAUCUCACCAGGAAGCUGAUCACUGAACUGGAGGUCCUCCGAGCCAGAAUGAAGGAGCUGGAAUCCACAGAAAGUCGGCUCGAUAAAUCGGAGAAAAGUAUCAUUGAAGAGCUGGAAAAAUUAAAAUCGAUAACCGUCAUUUUAGCAGAGGAGAGGAAGACCAUGAACGAAACACUGAAGCAAAAUGAACAAGUUAUCCAGGACCUUACCAAGAAACUAGAACAAAAUAACAAGAUAAAUGAGACAGAUCAAAGCUGGAACUCGUCUAAUCUCAGGACAAAUGUCAAUGAGAAGACACAUAACUAUUCAGGGGACAGAGGUGAUCUCAGGAUUGAGGAUGACUUGUCCACAGGCCUCUCUCCGAAAAGCAGUCUGGCAAAGAAAAGUUUAGACUCCCUAAAUAUAACACACAAUGUUGGGCUCAGAAACAAAGGAUCCCGUGAAGGGCAGGAGGACAACAAAAUUAAGGAUCUCACUCAGGAAAUCGAAAAGUUAAAGAAACGUCUGAAACUGCUGGAGAUGGUAGAGGAAGACCUGAAGAAAACAGAAGCCAAACACAAUGAGUUACAAGAGAGGUUUCUGAAUGAGCAGUGCAAAGCCAAAAUGCUAGCCGAUCAGAUCGAGGAGAUGAAAUCGCAAAUGACGAGGAACAAGGCCGUAGAAAACGGCGAGACUACACACCAGGACAUUCGCUUCAGGCCUCGACAGGACAAAACAAAGUACAAAGGUGUGGCCACGGCAGAACCGCACAUCCUGAAAGAGAAGGCACACGAGGUGUCAUAUCAGCCACGGUCACCCAGAGAGAAAGUGAGAAACAGAGACUUGUUGCUGGAUGAUGACAACACGGGAAAAGGUUACAGACGUCCCCUCAGUCCCAAUGCAAGACGAAGGUUUCAACGGCCCUCUUCAAACCCAAGAACAGCUUCCAAUGAAAAGAAAUCCGAGGAUAAAUCUUUUCCACACAGCUAUAGCUCUGCACAGAAAGAUCAGGACCUGCAGCCAGAGAAGCUGAAGAAAACAAGGGAGCCCCCAUCAGUGCUCAGUCGCUAUCCUCCAGCAGCUAAUGAAUCCAGUGUAAAGAGACCUUGGAACACUCAAAAUAAACAGAAUGAAAACGGACAAAAGUGCAAAGCAGAUACAGUAUCCAGGGACUAUAGUGAUUUAGAACAAUCGUCUGAAAGCCAGAGAAAGACUCUCAGCUAUUUACACAAUUCUGAAAAUGAGAAUGUAGCAUCUCAAGAUGAGGUAAAUGAUUCUGGCGAGGAUUCAUCGUCCACGAGUACUACUGCUAGCCUUUUGAAUGGAACAUUUCCCUCUUACAGGAAUCACACAGCUUCACCAACAUCCAGCGGUGAGCUGAAGGAUGCCAACCUGCCCGAGGGUGAAGUGCCAAUGAGCACCAAUAGUGAGUCAGCUGCUGUAAAGACGGCUGAAAAAUUGCCAAUACGUGAGGAGCCAGAAACCACGAUGGAAGCCACGCCCGUGACAACGAGAGCGCGCAGGUCUAGGUAUUUGUAUUCAACAAAGUCCCAGGACAUGGAAAACGUGGACGUGAGGGGUAGACAGCCACUCAGCUCUAAACCCACUGAAACCAUUGCCUCUGAAGAGGCGGCUACGAAUCAAAAGCCAGGCCUGGAGCUGAAGAGGAUUUGUAGCCCCAGAGAGGGCCUGAGAUCCAAAGCAAUUAUUAAACCGGCCAUAAUCGCCAUUGACAAGAAGGAAAUAAUGACAACCGGGUCGGAGCCAAUUGGUGAAGAGCAUGGGCUCUCACCCAAAACUGUGCCAAAUAAAGUGACCAGUAGCAUCACGAUACCUCCAUCAGGUUUGUCCUGUCAAAGGAUCAGUAGUACUGUGAUACCAAAGGAGAAACACACUUCCACAAGCAAUAUUACAAUCAGUUCAAGUGAGACACCUUUACAAAGGAGCAAUAUUAGUAUUCCCUAUGAAAUCUCGAUCCGUAAGAGCGAUAUUACAAUGAAGCCAUCAGAAUCGGACAGCUCAGAUGAAGAAGAGACUGAAUCAGUGUCUGAGGUGUCAGUGAGCAGCAGUAUUACAGUCAAAUCCCUCCGGUAUGAAGAUGGCGACAUUGGCGGAACGUCCUACGAAACAAGAAGGAGGUCUCGCACGACGGAAACAGAGACGAAAAGUCUCCCCGUGGAUCCGCUGGAGAGAGCUUCAUGGAGGAAGAGCCGCAGUGGGGCCCAGGUGGAACCUACUCACUACAACACUGACCUCGGCACGGAUUUCUCCCGAGUAACGGUGAGGAAAGCAAACCGUGCGCCCGCCGUCAACGAAGUGGCUGAGCCGAGCGGUGGCUCCAGAGCGGCAGGAACUGACGGGUACACGAAGAAGGCAAAUAACUUUUCCAAUUCUUCGGACUCGGUGGACAUUAAAAGCAGCCUCACGUCAGACUCUGCUCCUCACCGGAGCUACUACAGCGCAGCGGAUAGUAUUCUCCGAAGGAAGCAGAACGCCACCGUCGCGUCCAAGGUAGCAGAUUGGAACAGCACAUGCUCGUUGGCAGGACAGGACAGCUCAGACACGCACUCUGCUCUCAACUCCAGCCUGCUGUCAAAGCGAAAAGAAAUAGCGAAGCAGAUCCUGUCAGAUAUGGCCACAGAGCGAAUGCCGAGGAGUGAAGCUGUGGACAAGAGGCAAUCUGUGAAACUUGAACUGAGGAGGAACCCUGCAGGCAGUCCCACCCAUCAGAGUGGUCCCAGGACUGAGGAGAAGACCCCUUUAGGCAUUCUCUCACAAAUAAGGAUGACGUCCCGACGGUGAAGCCUCUGGUAUUGACCUUAGCGGUCACACUACAGUUUUUAGUGUUAAUUAAAGCACUGUAUAAGCUUCUGCAAUAUAGGGAUCAUUUUCAUCCUGUACACUCUCUGAACUAAAGCAAUCAUAUUACACCUAUAUUUUUCUAGAAAUGAUUACAUUUGGAAAUAGUUCUACUGGCUGUUUGCGAUAGAGAAUGGUGGGGAAAAGGCAACAGUUAACAAUCUCUCUCGGGGGAAGGAGAGAUUGGUUAUUCCUCUGUCACGGUGUGGACUGAACUGAAGAUAGAGCCUGUGAGAAAUUCGCUGAGCCUGGCUGGAGUCACAUGCCCUUGGAGUUACUUUCGGCGGGAAGUAAAACGCUCAGGAAAUCCAGAUUAAUGCAAUAGAAUCCAAAGUUCUAAGGUCAAUUCAGUCAUUCAGUAGUGGAUUGCCUGAAGUGAAAGUUAUACAAUUAUGCAUAUCUGAUUUGAAAAAAAGAAUCGUUAAGGGCCUCUGAGUGUUAAUAGCCCCCACCAGUGUAGCAGUAUCAUUCGGUGCUGAACAAGCUACCAGUAUGUAUAUAACUGUUCUUUGUACUUAAGUGAAAGUUUAGACAAAUGCUUUUGAAAAUAUUUUUUAUUUAAAAAAAAGCAGCAGGGGAGACAAGGUAAACCAAAAUAUGCCUAAGUACCACAAUCACGAGUUUGCUGUGUACAAAUUGAAGGAAGUUAGAAUGGCCUCUAAAGGUUAAAGGUCAAAGGAAUCUUUAGGGGAUCAGAAUGUUCAAUCUACUAUUUAUCAAAUCCUUAGCAUUUAUGGCUACUAGUGUAUCAAAGGCCAUUCUAACUUCUGUUUUUUAUGUUGUAUAUGCAGUGAGCAGGAAGAAGCAGCAAAGUGCUAAUUGCGAUUAAGAGUUUCGUCUUCCUUGUCUUUGAGGUAAUUCGAAAUGAUUGACCGUUGACAUCCUCCCCUCAGCCAUUCCAUAGUGACACCAGCUAGAUAAAUUGCACUGGUCUUUUCCAGGUUUUUACAUUCUUGUACUCCUCUAUCAAAAUGCUUCCAAUAUCCCCCUCACUCUCCUUCCCCUGGAGAAGGGCACAGGGGGAGUACAUCAUGGCCCUUAGCCACAGUCAACCCAAAUGCUAAAGAGCGUUUCAUAAGAGCACAACUCCCUAACAUUGAGGAAGCAGUUAUUAUCAACAGGAGCCACACUGCACAGAAAACCCAUCCCCAUUAGCGCUUUACACCCGUGAGAGUUAAAACCCCUCACAGCUCUGAUAAACCUUUGUAGAAUUUGAAUCUCUUCUUUCCCUCCUCCUAUAAUUGACCUAAUUCCCAGCCCCAAACUGAAACAGCCAUUCUUACAUCCUCUACCAACAGUCUCUUCUCCUCCGAGAAGAGUCAGGUUCUAGACUUUCAAAAUCGCCACAUUGCUCACCUGUGCCACCUCAGUCUGAAAUCAGUUGGUCAUGUUUGUGAGCCAGAAUGAUAUCACUAGCCUCCUACCCCCCUCCCCAGUGAUGAAUUUGAACGUGUAGGAGAUUCUGCAGCUUCACACGAAGCACUCCCACCUUAUCUCUGCAGUGUUGGCUGUGUUCAUCGAUAGGUAGUCAGCCUUCAGUGAUUAUUGAGGAUGCUCUUCCUGCAUGUACCUGGUGCACCUUACAACGUGCAUCUUCCUAAUCCCACUCUUUCUUAAGGACAAGGUAGCUCUGUUGCAAAUGCCCGGGAAAACCACACUCUUUCAAUUUGCCAAUGCAUAUUUGAAGGGUUUGUUAUCCACCUUUAGCAAAAUUAAUAUUAACUUUUGGUUCAGGUCAAAUUAUUGUUGGAAGCAGAAGACACAUCAUAGCGAUACAAUAGUAGAUUCUUCAUACUCAGAACUGCCUCAGGAAUAGCCAAUAUACCUGAACAUAAUCUCCCCACAUCAUCCACCAACAGGAAACUGAAGGCAACUUUGUGAUUUAUGUGAAGUUCACGAUCAAGGUAACAAGCAGUAUAUAUCCCAAUUACUUUUAACAAUUGGUGGAACACAAUCAUAUCUGCCCAGAAAAAUUGGAGGAUAUUAAAUAGUUUCAUUUUUUAUUAAAUCUCCGAGUGUAACCUCAGCUCAGGUUGUAAACCUGUGAAAGUUUAUAUGUCCAGUCAGCUAUUUGGCCCUCCAACCGUAAUAAAUAAUUCCCAAAGCGAUAAUUGAUACCAUCAUCAAUUAAGCAAUUAAUCCAUUCAAUCAGGUCAAAGUCUGAGAAACCUGGUGGAAGUGUCACAAUUUUAACAAAGAAUAUUCAAUAUUUGGUUUACAAAUUGCACCUCAAUAUUGGUGUGGGCAUGAGUCUGACCUUUACAAAGGCGUUCACUGGAAAAUUAGCAUGUUUUAUCAGAGACAGCAAUUGGAACUUUCAUCAUGGGUCUGUGUGAGUGACUGAGGAAGUUAGAUAGUAAAGAAAUGGAAUAAAGUAAAAUCAACUAGGUCUUCAUUGCUGCAUAGUGGCUCCCGAAUGCAUGGCCAACCCCUGUGAAGACAGCAUCAGAUAGAACGCUCUCUGAGUGAAUAGACAAAUAGAUGUCUGGGUAGGUCGGAGGAAUUUUCAACAGUGUCUGCAGCGCUAUGCCACUCCAUAGAAUCAGCAAGGACUGGAUGGGCUGAAUGGCCUCCUUUUGUGCCAUAAUGAAAAAAUAAAAAUCGUUAAGAGAAUUCAAAAAGCUUUCUGAGCGUCCCAACCUUUUUCCUCUUUGACAAUUGAUAACUAAGAUUUGAUUUUGCGGCUGCCUCUGAACAUUCUAUGGACAAGAACCAUCCUUACUCUUCAAAUGAAUUCUCACUAAUAGAUCAGAAAAUCUAGAAGAAUCACAAUCCCACUUUCAAUUGAGUAUCUUCUAAAUAGUGUGCAGUAAAAAUUCCAAACUUAUCACCUCAGUGAGGAGAUUCUUGGAUGGUUUCAGCUUCUGGAGCAGCUUACCCUCUGUUUGCCAUCUAUGACCACUGCUGUCACCUAAGGCCUUUUCCCAAGGAUAGGAUCGAGCUGGACUGUGAUGUAUUGCUCAGUCAAAUAACCAAUUAGAGGCUCGAGUGAGACCUGACGAUUGGGUGAGCUCAUGAAUGAUGACAGUCAACAUUAAGCACAAAUCUCAGCCUGACUUAGCAGCUUCGGGAUAAGGGGGUUAGUGGUGGGGCACAAUAAACAAUUUAAAAAACAAACAAAUUUUCUAUUUUAAUAAUGACUACAAUUUGGCAUCUAUACAACAAAGCUUGUGAUUGUAUUUCAUCAUCCCUAUGCCCAUAGCAUGAUCUACAGCAAGCGUAGGGUCACUGUGGGCCUCUUAUGAUCAAAUUUCUCUUUUAUUCAGUCAUCGGACAUGGGCAUUGCAGGCUGGGCCAGCAUUUAUUGCCCGUCCCUAGUUGCCCUUGAGAAGGUGGUGGGCUACCACCUUGAAGCUCUUGACACUCACCACCUUGACUUGUGCAUGAUCCAAGAAUAGCUUAGUCCCUGGGUAAUGGUUGCAGAUGAUCCCUGGUUCAAUUAGCAUUUGCCAUUAAAUGGCAGCUUCUGGAUGGCAGCUAUUUCUAAGCAGAUGAUGCCAGGUCCAAUUGUGAUAAAAUCUUACAGCACAGGAGGAGGCCACUCAACUGUCACACUUAUGCUUGCUCAAUUGGAAGAGCUAUCGCAUUUUCUCCCAUCCCUCAUUCUCUUCCUCAUUCUUGCUAUUUAGGUGACCUCAAUAAUGAGGACUUGUCACAGGUUUAAUAUUGAUGAAUAAAGAAAAAAAAAUAAAUCUAGACAUUCUCCCUAGUAAAACAAAGUUGAGAUAAUAGCUCCCAGUGUACCACGUCCAGGUUAUAUCUCCAAGUCAUUUCUUGUUUUUCAAUUGGCAGAGCCCACAAUGUGGGUCCACCCAAAACAGAAAUAGAGAGAAAUUUAUCCAAUUAAAAUGUACGUUUAUAUUGUAUCAUUAUAGAACUUCUCUGGCCAACAUGAACUGCCUCAAUUUUCUUUCCCAAUGAAAAAAAAACAUGUUUUAAACCCAUGUCAUACAUCAACUGAGGUACCCUGCAUAACCAAACUCACUUAGAAAACGUCAGACUUUUAAUUUGAAGGAAAGAAAGUGUAGUACCAAAAACCAGAAGAAUUACAUAGACACCCUCUUCAUUUGUCUAACAGCUCUAGGUUGAGAGCUGAGGUAUUUGUGAAUGUCCACCCACCAAUGAACAGGAAAUUGUGUCCAAUCACGGAAAGGGGAAGGAAAUGUAGGCUGAACUGCCAAAAUAAAAUCUUCCUCUUCAUUGUAUUUAGUUUCUUAACAGUAGAGUAAUAUUCACAGUAUUUGCAUCAACCCAAAAGACAAAAUCAGCAGAAUAGCAAUGGCUAUCUUGCUUGAAUACUUUGUCAAACUCACUCUGUGCCAUACAAAAUCUGGAUUAGUGGUGCUGGAAGAGCACAGCAGUUCAGGCAGCAUCCAAAGUGCAGCGAAAUCGACGCUUCGGGCAAAAGCCCAAUACCUGAUGAAGGGUUUUUGCCCGAAACGUCGAGUUUGCUGCACUUUGGAUGCUGCCUGAACUGCUGUGUUCUUCCAGCACCACUGAUCCAGAAUCUGGUUUCCAGCAUCUGCAGUCAUUGUUUUUACACCACCAUACAAAAUCUAGCUCCUCCUUAUUUAAUAAAAAAGAACAGAUGACAUCAGAAGCAGGCCUUGUUUUAAAGGAUACAACUAUAGAUUUUGUCUUGGAUACUACUAAAUAAAACUUUCACAUUUGUAUUGGACAUGCUCAAAACAAAACCUCAAUGCAUCAUGAACAUUAUCCUUAGAGACGGUCCCUUUGCUACAACGGAAUUGUGGAGUAUCAGCAUAUUUGUGUUUAUACAAAAAGCUACACUUGAAGUUAAGCCACACUUUGAAGAGGUUUUGGCAUGUGUCAGGAGUGCAAAGUGAAAGUGGAUGACAGUCAAAUAGAACGUUUCACGACUCUCUGAAACACGAGAUGGUUUCCUUUUCACCAAACUCAGGUAAUCUCUCCAAUUCAGUCCACAUUUUUGAAAUCCGAUUCCCCCAUUCUGGUCGCUUGUCCUCAGCACCUUCACCACGUUGAUGUCAAGCAGAAUGUUGUCAGCUCUGUUCCUAUUCCUGACUUCAGAUGUGUGAGUCAUCACACUCUCCCCUCAGUCUUCCCUACAACUAACACGCUUUGGAAACCAAAGCUUGGUGCCAUUUUAUGCCUGCUACCUGGUUUGGCCUACUUUGACUGUCCUGUACUUUUCCAUCUCGUUGGUGUCCUGAGUUUUGCCCAGCCUUCUCAAAUAAGACAACAGCAGCUGGAUUCAACACUCCUGUGAGUAUUUCAGCUCAAAAGGGCGCCCUUAGUGGAAGAUCUUGGAGUUUCAGCCUCUUCUAAUGUGGCUCCUCCACCGUGGACCAGAUUUACCCUAUAGUGAUGCUGCGUUGGUGUAAUAUUUCACUGGAAUGAAUCUCUGGAGCUGGGAAUAAGGAUGUUUGGGAACGUGGCGCAUGGCUUCGCCAUAAUGCGUUCAAGUGUGCUAUUCACUCUGCACGCAUCCCAGUGAUUAGCCAAGCCAUGAAAUGCAGAAAACGCUCACUUCUGUAGAACAAAACUUGCACAAUUGUACUUUCCUACGAACUGCGUCUAAAAAUGUCAUAUAAAAUGUAUCAUGAUAUAUUGAAAAGAUAUUUUAAAAUAAGAUAAUGAUAAUGUUGAAUAGCAUUACAGCCUUAAUUCACACUGGCCUUGAAAUUAUAUCAAUGUGUUGCUCUGACAUUUCUCUUUCUCCUGUUUUAGGUAGGGCAAUAUUCCUCUCACUUUAAGGAGAUUAACCCCUCCACUAUAAUGAUAGAAAGGGAAAUGUCAGUCAGUGUAAUUUCAGAGCCAUUAUAGACUGGUACAGCAGUGACAUUCAGUUAAGCAGCGCUGGUGCCUGUUAACUGCGUAGAUGCACAUAGUCAGGGACUGGCUUUAUGUAAAAGAUUUCCUUUCGAAGCAGCAAUUUUAAUAGUUUAAAACAAAAGACCGUAAGUGUCAUAAUAUGAUGUGUGACAAAAGUAGUUACAGUAACAUUAUUUAUUUGGAAAAAUGCAUUCUAUGUAUUUUAAAUGGCUUGCGAUACCAUACUGUACUGGUCUAUUCCUCAUGCAUCUGCAAGAACUUCAGGGCAAGCAGCUUACAUUUAGUGUCCAGUGCAUGUUUACCAAAUUUGCUCUUCCUACGGAGCCUCUGCAUGUUUUCCUCCUGACUGUAAACUGUCCACUGCACAAUUAAAAAAAAUAUAACCAUAAAA